AUGGAGACCCCAAGGGGCUCAAAGAAGCCUCCAGAAGAUAAGAGAACCCAGUCCCUGGACAGGUCACAGCCCCUCAGGCAGGGCCCGGAGUCCCGGAACUGCUGGCAUCGGUCACUGCCCUCCAGCAGGCGGGCACUGCGCAGGGCGGCCAGCGAUGGGGCCGCGAGGCCUGGGGGUGCAGCUCUGCCUGCGGAGGCCGCCGCCCUGCCUCUGGAGGAGGUGAGGCACUCUCUCCCAAGCCAACAGGGGCCCCAAGAAGACCCCAAGAAGGACAAAAUGCCCAGCUGGCUGAAGGCCGUGGUAAACUUUCUCCUGAUGAGGACGGGCCUUGAGGAGCCCACAGAAAAGGCCAGAAGGAGGCCCAAGGGAACAGAGGAGCCCACGGAGCCCCGAGAGGAGCCAGCCAUCAGGAUGAAAGCCCAGGACAAGAGGACUAGCCAAAGAAAACGCGGUCAUGGGAAACCUGGUGCUGAGGAACCCAAGGGGGUCCAGGGCCUGGGGGCCCGAGGCCAAGAGGAUGCACUGCCCACCUUGCCCAUGGCCACCUGUGCCAAGGAGAUGGACCUGGGGCUGGCUCGCAGGGGGAGACCAUGUUUAGAACUCCCCCACACUGCGCGCAUCGAAGGAGGUGACGCCGGACCCUCUGAUGGUUCUUCCCAAGCUGUAGGUCCCUCGUCAGAAGAGGACCUUGGAAAACCUGACCCGGACGAGGUCAUCCGGAGGAUCGUGGAAUUGCUCAAGAAAGCAGGAGACCACUUGGAAGAAGAGCAAGGACAAGCCCCUCUAAGAGAGGUGACUUCACAAAACCCAACCCCGGGGUCCAGGAGGAAAUCCCAAGAGAAGAGGUCCAGCCUCAAGAAAGCUUUCUCCUUCAGAAAGCCUGGCUUGGAGGAGCUCAGGAGGACAGGCCCGGCCGAUGCCCCCAGCCCAGAAACCCGGCCACCCAAGAGGCCAGGCUUCUUGCCCCUGUGUGUUGGUGGCCACAGGACCUGCUCCACCUCCAGCAGCCAUGGUUCAGAAGCACCCAGCCUCCAUGAGGUCUUGUCUCCAGACGACGAUGGCCCACGUCCCUCUGAACGUCCCACCCAAGGUGGUUGCCAAAGACCCUCAGAGUUGCCGGACAGAGCCUCAGAAUCCAGAGAAUUCAUGCAGCAGAUUCUCGUCCUACUCAAAAGUACGGAGGAACCGGAGGGAGAGCAGCCACCUCGAGUCCAGGAGGCAGAGGUGGCUCUAGAAAGCCUGGCCCCAGCCUGCAGGAGGAAAUCGCAGGAGAGAAAGUCCAGUUUCCGCAGAGCUUUUUCCCACAAGAAACACAUCUCCAAGGAGUCCAAGAGAAUGGAGGCUGCCGAGGCUUCGAGAACCGCGGGUCCAGAAGCUCGGCCACCCAGGAAGCACAGCUUUCUGCCCCUGUGUGUGGGUGGCCACAGGGCCUCUGUCCCUAGCUGCUCAGAUCCAGAGGACCUGGAGUUCCGCGAGCCGGCAGCUGCCCUGGGAGCACAGGCUGCUGCUGGCUUAGAAGCCGCCUCCCCGGCUGGAAGCCACACUCCAGAUGAGGAGCCUUGGCUGGAGGGAGCCCCUGAAUCCAAGGAGCUCAUGAUACACAGGCUGGUGGCCCUUCUACUAGAGGUGGAUGGCGAGUUAGGGAACCAGAUCCGGCGGCACCCCAGCUUCAAAAGAUUCUUGUAUAAGUUCUCGGAUGCGUCCCUCAGGAAGCUGGUGACCGUCCUGUACGAGCAGAAGGCCCGUGUCCCCAAGGGAGAUGGAAGCCUCGCCAACAGCCCCUCACCCUGUGCGUUUGGCUUGCUCAACAAAUUCAGCGGCAGCCACGGCUGCGCCAUCUGCAGCCUCAUGCGCUCCAGGGGCCAGUACAGUGGACACAGUUACGCCCACUUCCUGUCCAGGAAGACCCAGCUGGACACCAUAAGUCAGGACCGGCAGAGCCCAGACUGAAGGUCACAGCCCACACUCCAGCUUCCUCGGAGCAGCCCACCGUUGGCAGCGCUGACCGGAAGACCCUGAAGAUGCCUUGGGCUG